AUGCGAUCCCCAAGCGACCCUCUCCUCGCCUCCGAGUCCCAAUCACUCCCUCCCGGCCAAAUCUAUCUGCCCGACGACGACGACGAAAACACACAAUCCACAGAGCCCCUCAUUGCACGCUGCCGCCGGUCGGCCCGCAACUAUCUCUCCUCCCGAUUCGGCCACUACCUGGUCCUCUUCCUCGUCUCUGUGGAUGUUGCAUGUGUUUUUGCCGAUUUCUUGAUUGAAAUCCACGUCUGCGAGCUGGAGAAGAAGUACAAGCAUGUGCCUUCUGGGUGGGAGGAUGCGCAGGAGGCGCUGAGUAUUACUGGGCUGGUGUUUUCGUGUCUGUUUAUGCUUGAAUUGGUGGUCGCUGUGGGGAGUUUCGGGAUGAGCUACUUCUCCUCCAAGUUCCACAUCUUCGAUUCAGCGGUGAUUAUUGUCGCGUUCGCCAUUGAUGUGGCGAUGAGAGGAUUGGUUGAGGAACUGGGUUCCCUGGUUGUGGUUCUGCGAUUGUGGCGCGUGUUUAAAAUCAUUGAGGAGCUGGAAUCCGCUAAUGCGGAUUCUUUGGAGGAGUAUGAGCGCGAGAUUGAUCGGUUGAAGGAGGAGAAUUAUCUCCUUCGUCGGAGAGCGGAGUUUGGAAGUGAUGGGGUGAAUUGA